AUGUCUGAACUCCUUUGCAAAGAUUUAAGAAGAGAGAAUUCAGAGGAAGAUAAGUGGAAAAAAAUGGGGAGUCUUAAAAAGAGAGCAAUAAAUGCUUCUUGCAAGUUAAGGCAUUCUCUUAAGAAGAGAAGAAGUAGCAAAAGUGGAAGUAGACAUAACUCACUUUCUAUUGAAGAUGUUAGACAAGUUGAGGAGCUUCAUGCAGUGGAUGCUUUUCGACAAGCACUUAUUUCAGACAACUUGCUUCCUUCAACACUUGAUGACUAUCAUAUGUUAUUGAGAUUCUUGAAAGCAAGGAAGUUUGAUAUUGAGAAAGCAAACCUCAUGUGGGCAAACAUGAUCCAAUGGAGGAAAGACUAUGGUACAGAUACAAUUAUAGAGGAUUUUGAUUUCAAGGAGUUACAAGAAGUUCACAAGUAUUAUCCACAUGGUUAUCAUGGUGUGGAUAAAGAGGGAAGACCUAUUUAUAUUGAGAGGCUAGGGAAAGUUGAUCCCAAUAGGCUUAUGCAAGUAACUACCAUGGAAAGAUAUUUGAGAUACCAUGUGCAAACUUUUGAGAAAGCAUUUUCUGUCAAGUUUCCAGCUUGCUCUAUAGCUGCUAAGAGACACAUAGAUUCAAGCAUCACAAUUUUGGAUGUUCAGGGCGUGGGUUUCAAAAACUUCACCAAGUCGGCGCGAGAACUCAUUAUCCAGUUGCAGAAGAUUGAUAGUGAUUACUACCCUGAGACACUUUGCCAAAUGUUUAUCAUCAAUGCUGGUCCUGGUUUUAAGCUUCUUUGGAACACAGUGAAAACUUUUCUUGAUCCCAAAACUACUUCAAAGAUUCAUGUUCUUGGAAACAAGUUCCAUAAUAAGUUACUUGAGAUUAUCGAUGCGAGUGAGCUGCCGGAAUUCUUAGGCGGUAGUUGCACUUGUGAAGAUCGUGGUUGUUGUAUGAGAUCUGAUAAAGGACCGUGGCAAGACCCGAACAUUUUAAAGAUGGUACUUAGUGGUAAAGUGCAAUGUUGUAAACAAAUAGUAACCCUUUCAAGCGACGAGGGGAGGGUGAUUGAAUGUGAUAAAACAUCUUAUCCGACGCUAAAUGGCUACACAUCUACUGGAGAAUCAAGAUCUGAAGCUGAAGAUAUCACCUCUCCUAAAGCAUAUGGGAAUUCUAUGAACCCUACCUUGACUCCGGUUAAAGAUGAGACAAGAAUUGCUGAAAAGGUUGUUUGUAGCAGCAGUUUUCCUGUGUAUGAUGAGUGCGUUCCCAUGGUUGACAAGACUGUAGAUGUAGUGUCAAAGGAGAAGCAGGCAACACCACAAAACUCAUCUGGCUCAAAAGAAAAUCUGCUAGUGGUAACUAUGACUGGAAUAACGGGCUUUGUGUUUGCCUUUUUGGCUUUUGCUCGUUCAAUAGCGUUUCGUGUGACAAAGGGAGUAAAAAAGGAGGAGCUUGCUACCGGAUUGACAGAGAAAGACCUUUCCUCGUCUUCUACCAUAAAACGACUCACUGAGCUUGAAGAAAAAGUUGAGAAGUUAGAGUCAAAACUCAAUGUGAUGCCGCCUGAGAAAGAGGAGCUGCUGAAUGCUGCAGUUUGUCGCGUGGAUGCCGUGGAAGCAGAGCUCAUUGCUGCGAAGAAGGCUUUGUUCGAGGCUUUGAUAAGACAAGAAGAACUUUUGGCAUACAUAGACAGACAUGAAAAAAGCAAAUUCAAGUGCUGGUAA